AUGCCCGCCUCCCUCGUCACCCCGCGCGACCGGCGCCUGCGCGCUCGCGUCGGCCCUGGCCCGCGGGUUCCGGGUGGGGCCUGCCAGGAGGCGGCUCCGCUUUCCCUGGGCCACGGGAAGGCGUACGCAUGCGUUCUGAGCGCGCUGCGUCGCCUCGCCGCUCCGCGCGUGCUCUCUGGGCGCUCGGCACGCCCUGCAGGGGUCAGAGGCCGCGGGGCGGGGCCGGCAGCGGCUGGCGCGCUUCUCUGCAGCAGCGGCUCGGCGGGAGCGGCGCGGAGCUCGCCGGCGCCGGCCUCCCCGAGCGGCCCGCGCUCCGGAAUGGCCCUCGGCGAGGCGCCGUCCCCGGGCGCCGCGGAGGCGGCGGCGGCGGAGGAGGAGGACGCGCCCGGCCGCGGCGCCUCCCUGGAAGCCUUCGGCGAGAGCGCGGCGGUCCGCGCGCUGCUGGGCCGCCUGCGGGAGCUGCACGGCGAGCCCGUGCUGCGGGAGGUGGCGGAGCAGCAGUUCCGCGUGAUUAUGAAUAAAUACCAAGAGCAGCCUCACCUGUUGGACCCACACCUUGAGUGGAUGAUGAACUUGCUGUUGGACAUAGUACAAGAUAAGACUUCUCCAACUUCCCUCAAAAACCUGGCGUUUAAGUUUCUUUACAUCAUCACCAAGGUUCGAGGAUAUAAAGUAUUUCUUCGUUUAUUUCCUCAUGAAGUAGCUGAUGUACAGUCUGUGUUAGAUAUGUUCACAGAUCAGAACCCCAAAGAUCAUGAGGCAUGGGAAACCCGAUAUAUGCUGUUACUGUGGCUCUCUGUGACCUGCCUGAUUCCUUUUGAUUUUUCACGUCUUGACGGGAACCUUCUUACUCAACCGGGGGAAACACGAAUGCCCAUAAUGGACCGUAUUCUGCAAAUUGCAGAGUCUUACUUGGUUGUCAGCGACAAGGCACGAGAUGCAGCUGCUGUCCUUGUUUCUAAGUUUAUCACGCGCCCUGAUGUCCGAGAGAGGAAGAUGGCUAGCUUCCUGGACUGGAGCCUGUGCACCUUGGCCCACUCCUUCCAGACUGCAGAGGGCACCUCUGCCACCGAUGGGAUGCUGCAAGCUCUGGCUCAAAUAUUUAAGCAUGGAAAACGUGAAGACUGUCUACCUUAUGCCAGCACGGUCCUCCAGUGCCUUGACAGGUGCAGACUCCCCGAGUGCAGCCAGACCAAGCUGCGGAAGCUGGGCGUGAAGCUUGUGCAGCGUCUCGGGCUCACCUUCCUGAAGCCGAAGGUGGCGACGUGGAGGUAUCAGCGUGGCAGCCGGUCUUUGGCUGCCAAUCUGAAGCUCUGCACCCAGGAUCAAGGUGAGCAGAAGCCACCGACUGACAGCGUGGCGUCUGAUGCUGAGGAGGACUAUGACAUCCCAGAGGGGGUGGAGAGUGUGAUAGAACAGCUUCUGGUUGGGUUGAAGGACAAUGACACGGUGGUGCGGUGGUCUGCAGCCAAAGGAAUUGGCAGGAUGGCUGGAAGGCUUCCCAAAGAGCUGGCAGACGACGUGGUGGGGUCUGUGCUGGACUGUUUCAGUUUUCAGGAGAUGGACAAGGCAUGGCAUGGUGGAUGUCUGGCACUUGCUGAACUUGGUAGACGAGGCCUGUUACUCCCCUUGCGACUCUCAGAGGUGGUCACCGUGAUCCUGAAGGCACUGACCUACGACAAGAAAUGCGGUACCUGCAGCGUGGGUGCCAAUGUCAGGGAUGCCGCCUGCUAUGUGUGCUGGGCCUUUGCACGAGCCUAUGAUCCGCAGGAGCUGCGACCCUUUGUCACUUCCAUUUCCAGUGCCCUACUCAUUGUUACAGUUUUUGACCGAAGCGUGAACUGCAGAAGAGCAGCAUCUGCUGCCUUCCAGGAGAAUGUGGGGAGACAGGGCACUUUCCCUCAUGGAAUUGAUAUUUUGACUACAGCUGACUAUUUUGCAGUGGGCAGCAUAUCUAACUGUUUCCUAGUUAUAAGUGUGUUUAUUGCUGGCUUUCCAGAAUACACCCAGUCACUGAUAGAUCAUCUCGUCACCAUGAAAGUCAACCACUGGGAUAGAGCCAUUCGAGAGCUUUCAGCCAAGGCGCUGCACAACCUGGUCCCGCGAGCGCCCGAGUACAGUGCUGCUCAUGUGUUUCCAGCCCUGCUGUUGAUGACAUCGACUUCAGAUCUGCACACACGGCAUGGGGCCAUUCUGGCCUGUGCAGAAGUUGUCUAUGCCCUGUAUAAGCUGGCAGCUCAGAGAGACAGGCCUGUCACCGACUACCUCGACGAGAAGGUGGUGCAAGGCCUCAAGCAGAUCCACCAGCAGCUUUAUGAUCGUCAUCUCUACAGGGGCCUGGGAGGAGAGCUCAUGAGACAAGCAGUGUGCGUUUUAAUACAGAACUUGUCACUUUCCAGAAUGCCCUUUAAAGGUGACCCUGUCAUAGAUGGCUGGCAGUGGCUGAUAGAUGACACUCUGAGAAGUCUCUACCUUAUUUCAACCCAGUCUAGACAGCAGAUCAAGGACACAGCUGUUGCGGCCCUAGCCGCCCUUUCCAGAGAAUACUACAGGAAGGGCCCUAGGGAGGCAGGCCCUGCCGUUGCUGGGGAACUGAUCUCACAGUACCUCGCCCAGCUCCGGAGCCCUGAAGAAAUGACUCGCUGUGCCUUCUCAUCAGCCUUGGGUGGCCUCCCCCGCUUCCUUCUAAGUGGCCGUCUGCAGCAGGUGCUUGCUGGCUUGAGAGCCGUCACCUGCAUUUCGCCCCAGGACGUGAGCUUUGCCGAGGCCAGGAGGGACGGCCUGAGGGCCAUCUUGAGCAUUUGCCAGACGGUUGGUGUAAAAGCAGAGGGGCCUGCAGAUGAAGUUGUGUGCAGAGAGAAUGUUUCUGAGAUUUACACUGCACUACUGGACUGCAUGCGUGACUAUACCACAGACAACAGAGGAGACGUGGGGUCCCGUGUCCGUGAGGCGGCCAUGACCGGCAUAUUGGACCUGGUGCUCCUGUUGGUGCAGGUGCAGCCCUCCCUGCUUGAGGCCCCUGUGUGUGAGAGCUUUCUGUGCUCACUCGCCCGGCAGGCCAGCGAGAAGAUUGACCGGGUUCGUGCUCAUGCUGCCCGUGUGUUUGUGACGCUCCUGCAUUUUGACAGCCCCCCCAUCCCCCACGUGCCCCACCGCGGGGAGCUGGAGGCGCUGUUUCCCAGAUCCGCCAUGGCCUCUGUGAACUGGAACGCCCCUUCGCAGGCAUUCCCUCUCAUCACCCAGCUCCUGGGGCUGCCCACCUACCGCCACCACGUGCUGCUGGGGCUGGCAGUGUCUGUGGGCGGCUUGACGGAAUCGACGGUCAGGCAUUCCACUCAGAGCCUCUUUGAGUACAUGAAGGGGAUUCAGAGAGACCCACAAGCCCUGGGGGCCUUUGCUGAGAGCAUCCUGCGCGUCUUUGAGGACAACCUCCUGAAUGACCGGGUAUCUGUAUCACUACUGAAGAUGUUGGACCAAAUGCUGGCCAAUGGGUGCUUUGACAUUUUCACCACUGAGGAAAACCACCCCUUCUGUGUACAGCUGCUUGCACUUUGUAAGGAGGAGAUCAAGAAGUCCAAAGACAUCCAGAAACUACGCUCAAGCAUUGCAGUGCUCUGUGGGAUGGUGCAAUUCCACGGCGACGUGAGGAACAAGGUCCUUCUGCAGCUCUUGCUUCUCCUCUGCCACUCAUUCCCCGUGGUCCGGAAGUCGGCAGCAAGCCAGAUCUAUGAGAUGGUGCUCACCUACAGCAACGUGGUGGCAGAUGACGUUGUGGACGAGGUCAUGCUUGUGCUCAGUGACACGGCCUGGGAUGCCAAGCUGGCCGUGGUGAGGGAGCGGCGGAAUCACCUGUGUGACCUCCUCGCUGUGCCCAGACCCCAGCUGGUACCCAAGCAUGCUGCUGCUGAGGCUGGUCCUGGGAACUGAGCCCUCAACCUGCUGGCUGUGUUGGCUGCCUUGCACCCUGGAACAUGGAGAAAGCCAGUGCCGAACAGCGGCCGCUGCGCUGUGCUCUAGUGACCACAAGGCCUGAGCUGCUUCUGCUGUUCCCACAGAUGCAUUUCCCAUAAAAUCAUGUGCCCACGCG